AUGCAGGAUUCUCGAGUUACGGCACUUUUGAUCAUCUCCCAAAACUCUCAAUCGAUCCCUCCUUCACUGUUCGUUUCAUUAGGGUUCAGUUUGUACAGAUAUUCGUUCCAGGGACUCGUAGUUCGAAGCCUUGGAACUGAUAAGAAGCUUUGGCGUGAUGAGGUUAUCAAGAUUUUCGAUGGUUUUAUCGUCCUCACUUCUUUCCCAGUCGUCAUGGCGAAAAGCGGCCACGGCUCGGCCCUUCGUCUCAUCUUCGCGGUACGUUUGGGACCUUGUUUAAUAGGAUGACCAGGUUUGAAAGGAGCUUGAAAAAGUUAUUUGUCAAUGUGACAGUUAGAAUCCACUCGCAGAAGUAUUUAUUCUGAAGUAAGAGUGGGGAGAUCUAGUUCAACAAGCGAAUAUUUCUCUGAAAAUACCGAAAUUAUUAAGAUAAAAGUGAAAGGUAAAAGUUUCCUCAUCUCAAAGGCUAAAUAUGAAUAACACAGAUGAUUAUUUCCUAGGCUUCGGAAAACAAUUUAAGUUAAUUAUCUUGUUUCUUUUUUUGAAAAUAUUUAACUACCUCAGUUUUUUUGAGAAAGCUGGAGUAUUUCAUUUAAUGAAACCAUAGUUCAACUUAUAAAAAUUUUUUUCAGGUAAUAAAUAAUUUUUUUCCUCUUUUUUUCUAAUUAUUAAAAAAAUUUUUCAUUAUAUCCCUUUUUUUCAAAUCAUGUUUUAGACUUGCGAACGACAUUGAAAGCUGUUUUGAGUAAUUAAUCUGGGUUUUUCUUUUUUUUUAUACAAAGGCCUUCAUUUUUCUUCCGAAAAGUUCUUGAGUAACCUGUUUUCGUAUUUUGAAAUUCCUAAGAAUUGACCCAACUUUGACUGUUUCUUUUUAGUUUUCGGCCUUUUCGAAAUAUUUUUUGGAGUCCUUUCAGAUAAGAAAUUAAUGGCCACCAUAAAAGAAACUUCAGUUUUCUUCGAGAGCAGAAACUAGAAACUAGAGAGGAAAUCAUAUAUUUUAUUUUCUGAAAACCUUUUUCCUGCUUUUUUUUCCAAAUUUAAAGCUAAAACAUGUUUUCUUUGUUGGAAUAAAUCAUUAUUUUCCUAUUUUUCACUAAAUUAAUUAGAAUGAGAAAUGGAAGAUAUGAAUUCAAGUUAAAUGUUCAGUUUGUCGCGGUUCUCGCGAUUCUCAGCACUCUGGGCGUUUCGAUUGCGGCAUUGGUUUUUGUCACGAAAAUCUACAACAACCAAAACACCUACGGUCCACAAGGUUUGUUUCGAAAUCAAAAUCAGUCGAAAUAAAUUGAAUCCUAUCUAAAGUUGUCAAACUUUGGAGUUAUCGUAAUUUCAGUAAUAAACGCUUUUCAUUUUCUUCCCAGCAAUUCAAAAAUUUUGCGUCUUUCUUUAAUUUUAUCUUGUUUCUUUAUCAAACAACUCUUCAAAAAUCCUUCUUGCUAAGCUUCUCAAACUAUCUAAAGACGUUAUUAAGCCCCUCAAUGGCAUUCUACAUUUUCAUUCUCUGUUUCAAGGGCGGGAACGCUGUAGAAGUCUUAAAAUAGUCUUAUAAAAGUAAACGUAGCCAAAAAAAGAAAUUAAAAGUCAAGUUUGCUUUUUUUUUUGUAAAUAAAAAGUUGAACAAGAAGUUUUCCAUGUAUAAUUAUUCCAUUUUCGCGUAUAUUAUUCUUAGUCAAGGAUAUUCUUUCCAGGUACCUUGCAAAUGAGACUUUAAAAUUUUCUGCCCCUUUAUUAGUGUUAAAGUUGUUUGAUAUUUUACAGAAAAAGCCGAAAACAUUCUAGUUCAGACAAAAAAGCAGUCGUUAUCAUAUUCGAAUAGAGAAAAGUCAUCAUAGUUUUUGCGCAGAAGAGGUACUGAUAAGGAUGUUUGUAAACUGCUGUAGUGAUUCAAUAGCACGCAAUGGGAGUUUCUUAUCGUGAUUUACAACAAAGUCCAAAAGUCUAUUUGUUAAAUGAGAAACAUUUUGAAGAUUAAGGAGGUGAUAGAAAUGUGCGAUUGCAGUUGUCAACAAUUUGAACUUACCGGCGCCGAACGAAGUUCCGUCAACAGAUCCCAAGUUCAGCUCCUACAACGACGUCGUCCAGUUGUUCAAGUAAAUUGAGAGAACAAAAAGAAUAAAAAACUUCUUUGGGAUGCAAGGAUUAGAAAAUGAAAAAAAAGUUUUUCCCGAUCGGGGUUCCCAAUCAAAAUUUUCUUUUGAGCUCGGUCGCAAUUUGAAGAAUCCCGUAACAUCUCGAGCCUCUUCAUGAUAUCAUAACCUCGAAUUUUAACGCGAACUCAGUGGAUAAAAAUCGUAAAUGAGCGAUUUGCGGUUCCAGACAGUCGUUAAACGUCAACGCCGAUCCAUGCAAUGACUUCUACGCCUACACUUGCGGCGCCUUCAACGGCGACAUGGGCUUCGACGUUUCGGACAACAUCAACGCCGCCAACAUGGCCAGCCAGUUGACCAACACGGAAUAUAUCGCGACGGCGGUUGGGAAAAUUCUUUUCGUGAUUACAGAAUUCUGUUUUUCAGCCUCGUCCAGUUCAACAGACGGCGUGGUUCUUCAACGCCUGCGUCAAUGCCUUGCAGAACUGGAACCAAUUGGUUGCUGACGGGGCUCAGGUAAAAUGAAAAUUUGACAUUUUCGACGAAAGCAAAAAGUGGUAAAUAACGCGUUUCUCACCUUCCGUUUUAGGAUACUUCUGAACGAAAUAAGGCUAAAUAAGUUUUUAGUUUUUUUUUUCUGUAAAUUUUAAAAAUCUUUGUGUGCUUCUUUUUCGCUUACAGCUUUCAGAGAAAAUUGCAAACUUCUCCAAUUCCAACAUCGCUAACGUAGCAACCUUCAGGUGACGAACGCGAUAAACCGCUACGCGGCCGGUCUUCCCGGUUCGUUCGCCUCCCAGACGCAGUUUCCGUUUCCGAUGCUCAACCAGAACAAGGACGUCACCAAGUGGCCAUCGCCAAUCGGACUGGGAUACCUCAUUGGCCAGCUGGCGGGCUUCGAAGGGAUCCUCACGCUCAUCUCUCCUUACGUCGACACGAACUGGAAGGAUCCCACGGGACCGGACGGUUUUGCCUUCUAUUUGGACCAGCCCACCACCUUCCUUCCCUACACUUAUUACAUCAAGAACUGGGCUUCCAGCAAGGCUUCGUUAGUUUUUCGAGCUUACUUUCAACAGAACACAUUCUUUCCGAAUCGGUUGAAUAUCAAACUUUGACAAGGAAUAACUAGAUGAAGUUCUUCAUUCAGAUGUGCAGCCAUAGCCGAACCCAUUAACAUAAACAUUUAAUCACAGAGAUAAUAGAUAAGCUACGAAACAGUGCUAUACGAGAUUUUCAGACUGAGUUUCUGGACCUUAUAGUGCGGUCACAAAAAUCUACGCAUUUCUUGAAAUUUUUGCAAAAAAAACCUUUUUUUAGAGUUUCGAUGGCGAAAACAAUAACGAAAAAAACCUAAGUGAGGUUAGAAAUGUUUUUGUUUUUUUUCCCAUAGAAAAAAUUUGAUCUUUAUUGGAAAUCGUGCUGUUAGAAUUAUAUUUGAGAGCAAAAACAAAAAGGAAAAAAUUUCAAGGGAAUACAUUUAUAUCUUUGUUUGAGCUAAAAUGGUUAUUUGGAUUAUUUUUUUUCGGUUCGAUCUGUAGGUCGCCGAUAGGGAGAAAAGGAAUUCUGUUGAUUCCUCGGACAUUGGUAACGCGAAACGGACGUGCUCCGGACGUUUCUGGGCGAUUCAAGGGAUCACUUAAGAGCGUUAAGGCUACUAAAGAGGUUACUAGAAAAGCCCCGACACGUCCGAUUCGCGUCCCGUUCGCGUUACCAAGGUCCGAGUCUGCUUUUCUGAGAAAUCUGAUGUGAUUCUAGACUGACUUCGCGAAUCACCGCCACGAUGCAACUUCUGGCUCAAGUCCAGAAAGUGAAGCUGAACAACGCGACCCUCAGCAAGGACGUCGCUGACAUCGUUCAGUUGGACUAUCUUCUGGCUACCAAAUACAGGUCGGGGUUCUUUUCAAAAAAAAAAAAAUUGGACUUGAAAACUAUAAAAAAGGAGCUGUACAAAAUUGUGUAGUUUUAAAAAAAAAUCUGCAGAACUAUUUCGUGAGAAAGGUUGGAUUUUGGCAGUAAUACAAUUUUAAAUAUGAGCACUUUUUAGCUCGGUGAAAAUCGAGAAAAUAGAAAUUAUUAACGGUAAGAAAAAUGCAACAAAAAAGACCUUGACAAAUGUCUGGAAGAAGAGGACGAGUUCAUUUUUUUACGAUUCAUAGUUAAACAUUUUAAAAAGCGAGUUGUUCCAGCUCAACUUGGGUUUCCGAUUCAAUUGACUGAGAUUUUACUUCAUUCACCACGGUUUAAAACACUCUCGCUCAUCUGCUCUCUUUUUUCCUCUUGUGGACGGCUAUAAAAAUUGAAAACAGGACGGCUAUAAAAAUUGAAAACAGUAUAUAAACACAAGAAUAAGUAUACCAGAAAGGCUAAAUAUUUUUUUCAAUUUGAGAUAAGUAGACUUUUAUUUUAAAAGUUGCUAUUUGGUUUUGUGACUCUCAGAAGAAGAUCUUUUUUUCUAACAAAUAGAUAUUUCAAAAAAAAAGUUUUGCAGUCUGAAAAGUUUCGAGAGUUCAAAAAAUCUCAUAACUUUCAUUGAAAGCUGUUAAUCUAAAGCUUCUCAAUCUUCCUUUUAGCACUGAUGAAACGACCCGCCGACAGUACGAACGGAGCUACAAUCCCAACACGAUCAGUCAGCUCAAUUCCGCCUAUCCGAGUGUCAGCUGGCACACUUUGAUCCCUCUCUCGACCGGUCCUGCCGAGAACGCGACCGCCAAGGUUCUGAUGCCGACGAAGAAGGGAACGCCCUACAACUUCUUCAUCGUGAUGGAGCCGGUGCAGCUGCAGAAGCUGCUCGCCGCGUUGGUCGACGGCAAUCCCGACGGAAUCACUCCGCGCGCCUUGGUCAACUACUUCUACUACCGGCUCGUCGACGCCUACAGUGACUACUUGCCCUGGCCGUCCAGUGCAUCUGAAUCCGUUCGCAGCCGCGUCGCCAUCGUCAAGGGCCAUCUUGGCAAGCCUAAGCACGUCGUCCCCGGUUCGAUGCCUUCUCAGUCUAAAGACUGAACAGUUUUGGCAUUCCAGAGAAACAGAAGGCUGCCAAACGUCAGAUCGACGACAUUAGCGCUGCUCAGACCAACUGCGCCUUCCAGACUGUCGACAUGAUGAUGGUAAAGAAGCUGAACUGAAAAUGGAAACUCGAUGGAUUUAGUACGCCAACGCUCGUGUGUUGAUUGACAAGAUUUACCCGGAUAAUUCAAGUCGCGUCAAUGUCCGUGAACACGUCGCCAAAGUCGCCAGCAGCAUUGUUAUUGGUGAGGAUUUUUAUGAGAGUUUUCUUGUUCGGAGUAGAUAUUUGUCAAAAAAGCGAAAUUAAAUGUAUGAUUCGAAGGUGAUCAGAUAAGAAGAUUUUACUCGUAUUGAAUAAUACGUAAGUAAAAAGCUGUUUUCAUAACAUUAGAUCUUUUUGAAAUGGGUUUUGUUAUAAAUAUCUUGAGCCGGGAAAAAUCAUAUUAUUCAUUCUACACUUUGAUGAGAAGAUUACUGUAAAAAAUGUUGAUUUUUCACUAAUUUUUCAUCAAACACAGAAAAUUAAAAUGAAUUCGUACGUGUAGGUUUCCGUUCCAUGAUCGACCAGCUCAACUGGAUGACGCCGGCGACGAAACGCGGCGCCUACUCGAAGAUAGACAACCUCGUGAAGAACAUCGCCUACCCCGACUGGAUCACGGACGACGCCGCCUUGACCGCCUACCAUCAGCAGCUGACCAUCAACAAAACCGACGCCUACUUCGACAUGGUCUACAACGCCAACCAGUUCAACAUCUUCGUCUCCUUCGACCAGCUCGUCCAGGGCGCCGCCGACAGAACUGGCUUCAAUGGUCCGCCUGGCGUCACCAAUGCCUGGUAUCAGGUAACAUUUCCUGGAAAGAACGACUAACAAGAGUAAGAGGAUACGAAAGGGAGUUAGAACCGACAUAUAUCAAAAUAAAGGUUUUUCCUGUUUCGAAUAAAGCGAGGCUUGUGAAAAAAGGACUGAAAAUUUUUGACAAAAAUUCAUCCGAAAAAAACACGAAGUGUUAUAGUCAAUGUUUCCCGACUUGAAAGGCGAAGGAGGCGGGGCAAGGGGCGGGACACGUAGCGUGUGCGUACGCGGUUCUUGGCACGUGUUCAAUUCAAUUGUCGCCGACUAUUUAAAAAGCUCGGCAACCGCUCUUUUUCAAUGUUUUCUGCUAUUUUUUGACGCACACAUGAACAUAAUCAAUAAAUAAUUGAAAAAGGGAUGAAAAAAAAAGCGAAAAACGGGCUUUUCAAAGAGUAGAUAGCGGUUAAAUUGAACACGUGCCAAGAACCGCGAACGCACACGCUACGCGUCCCGCCCCCUGCCCCGCCUCCCUUGCCUUUCAAGUCGGGAAACAUUGACUAUAAGGUGGCAUUAUGUAAACAUGAGAUUCUGACAAAGUUUUCAAUUUUCAAGCGUUUUUGCAGUAUUUGUUAUCAAGAAUUUUUGAAAAAGAAUAAAUCAAGAAAUUUAUUGAUAUGAACUAUUCUCAAUUUCCGACCCAAAUCUUGAAAAAAAAAUUCAACUUGCAAGGAACCUAACGUGCUGAAACGCGAACUUUCGGUAGGGGCAAAAUUUUCAGUACGAAUUUGUGCAAAUCUUCAACGAAAAAAGCAUUAAAAUCUGAAAAAGUAUGAAUUGUGAGUUUGUAGAAAAAAAUUAAUUACAAAAAAAUUAAUUCUUCCAGAAACUGGACAAUUUAUGAGGUUCACGAUUGAAUUCUUUAGCCUGAACUCAACUCGAUCACUUUCCCUGCGGGUAUUCUCAAACAGCCCUUCUACGACUACAACUGGCCAUCUGCCGUCAAUUUCGGAGCGAUGGGAGUGAUUGCAGGUUGGAAAAACGAAAUUGAAAGACUUUCAUGGAUAUUUUUGACCUACAGGCCACGAACUGACCCAUGGUUUCGACGAUGAAGGCGUCCAAUGGGACGGCGUCGGUGCCUUGGCUGGGUGAGAACAAAAUAAAGAAAAAAAAUGGGGCACAAAAAGCAGAAAAAUAGUUGCAAACUGAGAUGAAAAAACGAAGCAAAAAAAUAAUAAUAAUGAGAGUCUAAAGAUUUGACUUUUUUUUUUACGAUACUCGUGUUCAGAGCACCUCCUUUCCCAUUAAAACUGAAUAAUUUGAGAUGGAUGGACGCCCAAUCGAAGGCAAACUUCACCAGCAUGGCUCAGUGCGUCGUCAACGAGUACAGCGGCUUCUGCCCCUUGGACAAGUCCAAGUACGGAGCCGCCGCUUGUAUCGACGGAGCUCAGACUCAGGGCGAGAACAUCGCUGACAACGGAGGUAGCAAAGAUCCAAAAACAAAGAGCUUGAUAACAUAACAAAUGAAUAUUUUAUGAAAAAGCAGCAAAAGCACAUUGUAGGAAUCCACUCCGCGUUCCGCGCUUAUCGCAACUACAUCAACCUUUAUGGAGCGGAUCCGGAACUUCCGGACAGCCAAUUCAAAAGUUUCACCGCCGAUCAAUUGUUCUUCUUGGCGUUCGCCCAAGUCUGGUGCCAGGUCAAUCCCUCGGAUGCGGCCAUGGAACGACAAAUCUUGGUCGAUGUCCAUUCGCCGUCCAUCUACCGCGUCUGGGGAACUAUCCAGGUGGACAACUCGAAGAGAAACGCGAGAAAAAGGAUUUUCAGAACUUCCCGGCCUUCAAAAACGCCUUCAACUGCCCCGUCUCCAAGUACGCUCCUGACAAUCACUGCAACGUCUGGGUCUCGGACAUUGACACCAGUGAGGAACACGUAGAAACUGGAAAAUCAUAGUAGAUAUUGCCUGGCUUGAAAAAAUUGCAAAAAUAGAUAACUUUGGAAAAUUCUUUACUCCAACUUUAUGAUUCAGCAACUAAUUCUCAGAGUUGCCCGACAUUAAGGAACAAAUUUAUUAGCAUUUUUGGUUUGGUUUGAGAAGCAUUCUCAGAGACGGAAAGUUCCAUGAAAAUGACCUUUUCAAAACCGAUCGAAAUCUGAUUAUUACUAUUUUCCGCCACAGUAUCUUUGAAAAUAAAGUAGACUUUUUUUUUACCGAUAUCAGUUUUUGUUUUUCCCGAAAACGUAUUUCGUUUUCGUGAUUAAUUGAGGCGUUUAUCCAUUCCAAAUUUUCCCAUUUGUUUUUUUCAGCCUUCGGCAAGCCUGACAUCAAGACGGACCUGAACAUUGUCGACACGCCGAAAAUCACCUCCCGCGACGUCGACAAGUACAACGCCUUCAAGAGCGCCGUCGAUUAUUAUCAAGUUAUCCGAGAAUCGGAGUUCAAAAUGAUCUUCUCAUAUUAUUCAGAGCUCGGUGAACGUUUCGGUCGAUCCUUGCCAGGACUUCUGGUCUUACGCGUGUGGUUCUUUCGAUAAGCCGGUAUAUAAUAAAUGGAGAAAAAUUUGAUGAAGAAUUAUAAAUCAAGGUCUCUUUCACGACAGCCCGCGCACAGAACCUCGUCUACAUGGCUAAUCAACUUCAGUUGCCGUCUUAUCAAUCUACAAUCAAAGUGACUUUUGUUUGAAAAUAGAGUUUUAGGGGGGAAAAAGUUUUGCGUUUAAGGAGGAACGAAGCUUUUUAAUAUCGGGAGCAUCCUUGAGUUAGAUCUGAACUCAAAGUUUAUGAGAAAAUACAACAAAAAAUUACAAAGACACAAAGGCAAAAACAUUUUUCUCAGCCGUUAUAACAAACGCAUACUUAUUAGUCUGAAAGCGAGAACUUUUCAGAACUCUACCGCUCUAACCAAGGAGAAGAUGUUCUUCGACGCUUGUUUAGUGGCGACGAAGACGGCCCAGACGGAAGAUCAGCUGCUGAUCGCCAACAACUACAUCCUCAAGAAGGUCAACAAGUUGGCCGGAAUUCUCGGUCAGAAUUUUUCGCUCGUUUUCAACAACAAGGUCUCCGCGAUGCCGACCGCCGCCCAGUUGGGCGAUGCUCUCGGAUAUUUGUCUUUCGAAGAGGUUCGGCGGGAAUUACGGAUAUAUCUUCCAACCCGCUGCUUUUAAGGGAGUGGACACGUUUGUGACGCCGUCAGUCGAUACGAAUUGGAUCGACAACACCAAGGGCUACCGUAUGUUCGUCGACCAGAACACGGCCUACCUAUCGUGAGAUUUCAAUUUUUUUGAAGCUUCUCACGAUAUUUUUUUGUCGCAAAAUAUUAUUUUUAGCUAGAUUGGACCGGAUCCUCUGAGAAGUUCUUUUCAACCCGAGGAAAACUCAGAAGACUUUUUCAUAAACUUUGAAUAAAGCAAGAAAGAUGUGAAUUAGAUCUAUCCUCUGAGAUCUUUGAAAGAAAUUUUGAAUUUCUAACGCAAAAACUUUUUAAAAAAUGUUGAAUAGAUUGGAGAAAAAGCCGGAAAAAACUUUCUUGCUCCAAAGAUAUUGCAAAUUCUUUUUUUCUUUCACUAAAGUCCUGAUGAGAUUUUAUCUUUUUUUUGAAAUUUAAUAAAGUUCCACAGAUUUUUCGAGGAAAAUUAUUAAUUUUGUGUCUUUCAGCAAGACCUACUACCAGCCUGCGGCUUGGGUCAUCGAAAAGCCUAAGUAUUUGGCCACGGCUCUCGAUGUUGUUCAGCGCUUCUCCAAGCAAGAAGUAGGAACAGAUCUCACUCGAAGAAAAAAAGAACAAUUAUCGACAGGGCGGCAAGAAACGACCAGGGAACGUUGAGCACUGGGAUCUCCGGAAUUCUCGACUUCGAGCAGAAAAUCGCGUUGAACUUCUCGACGGACGACGACACUCGCCGAACUUUCAACCGGUCCUGGAAUCUUCAGGCCGUUUCUUCUCUCAACGGAAGAUAUCCGUUCGUCGAUUGGGACAAGUACCUGGCUCAUGUAUGUUGUCAAAAAAUGCAGAAGUGAAAAAUCUUCACUGAAAAUUACUUUACAGGUUCCUACGAUUGCCCGAAACAUUGCUUCUGCUCAGACUUAUCAGAUUUCUUUUGUAGAGGUGAGCAUGAAUAAUGAAGAAUUAAUUUCUAACUCAAUUGAAACCCUCUCUCUGAAACUUCUAGUUUCGGAGAUAUAAACUCUGAAGGUUAAAAAAUUUGUGUCCAACGCAAAUUUCAAAAAAUUGUAACUUCAAAAAAAUUCGAUUCACUGAAACACUUAAGACAGUCGUUUCAAAAGAUCAGAAAAAAAAAUUUGCGAAUUCAGAAAAUUUUGGCUUUUUUUUUGCGUUUUCUCGCGGUAUAUCAUGAUUUAUCUCGCAUUUUUUGAAAUGUUCUUUUUUCCAGCUUCUAAAUGAAAAAAAAAGUAGACGGUUGUUUAUAUGAGUUAGCUUAAAAACCUGAUAUUUCAAAAAUUGAGAAUAAUCAAAAAGGGGAGAACAAUAGUUAUUUUCGCCGAUAGCAAGAAAACAUCUAUCCACAUUUUUCAGCCGGUGAUGAUCAAAACUCUGAGCGACGCGUUCUCGAAGUUCGACGCGACCACCGUCGUCAACUACUUGUUCCUGCGACUUCUGCUCGGAAACGCUCAGUACAUUCCGUCCUACGCCAGCGCCUUUGCCAACAUGCAUGUCCGUAAUAUUCAUGAAUAUAAAGGCAUGCCAACAAAUAAAUAAAAUUCCUUUUCUUUUGUACAAAUUAAUAAAAAACUGUUUCUAUUAAGGAAGAAUCGAUUCUUCUCGGUCUUUCUCGCCGCAAAACGAUCCCCAACUUCCGAUUCCCUCCCGCAGCUGACAAUGCUCCGAAUGGACCCGGAUGUGCAGGUUUCUUUCAGAAAUUAUGAGUCAUUCGAAACUCAAAAAAAUAUGCUUUACACUUUAUUUAUUCAAAAAGGGGACACUGAAGCUUGAGAAAUUGACCAAUUUUAGAAGCGGGCUAGUGGUCCCUACACGUCUUUUUAACUUUCUAAUCAGGAUGAAAAACUAAAAGACCUUUAUAGGGACCAUUCAAGUUAAAGAAUGUGGAAGGUCAAACCCUAAACUCCUAUAGGGACUACUUAAAUUUCACUCUUUAGGGAGUACUAUUUUGAUCACUUAAGGGACUUUCUUCCCUCUAACCAAGAUUGCCCUUUCAACUUCUUUUCCUAUUAAUAAUGUGAGAAAAACGUGAGGAAACCACUCACAAACGAGAAAAUUGCUAAGAAAACGCAUAGAGACGAGUUUUUUCAAAAAAUUUCUGAGGAAAAGGUGAGGAUGAAGGAUUCGCCAAUCUGAACGGUCAAGAUUUUUCUCUUAACUUUGAAACAAGUUCAAUAUCCAGGAGCGGCAAACAAUUUGAUGCAAUAUGCCAACGGCCGCGUUUUCGUCGACUACAUGUACCCGAAGCCUUCCGAUGUUGUCAAUAUCAGAACGUAAUCAUUUGGAAGUAAUUCGAAUCGAUAAAAAGAAGUUUAAGGGUUGCCGGUGGAAUCAUCCGCAACGUGAUCAACGCCUUCCAAGGAAUGAUCGAUCAACUCGACUGGAUGACGCCCGACACGAAGAAGAUCGCCUACGACAAGACUGUCAACGUUUGUGAGUUUUAUGGAGAUUGCCCCUAACAAAGUAAAUAUUUUCCGGUCUCGAUAUUAAUUCGAAUUAAAUGAGGAUGAGUCCAAUGAUUUUUUAGAAAUUAUUUUUUUUUAACUUGAGUCGAAAAUGAACAAUAAAGGCGUUUUGGUAAUCUGAGAAUUUUAUAAUUUUUUAAGCUUAUUUUUUUCCAGUGAACAUAUUAGUUUGAAUCAUUAUUAUAUAUGAAUAAUUCUCAGUGCAAAACAUCGCCUUCCCUGACUGGAUCCGCAACGAUUCGAGUUUGGACGCCUACUACAAAGAUUUGAGCAUCGUUAAAACCGACAACUACUACGACAUCUACGACAAGCUCGUGAAGUUGCAAACAUUUUUAAACUCUUCAGAAAAAAUGGGCAAAGUUAGGUACAACAUCCUCAUCCAGUACCGUCAACUCACUUUCGCUACCACUGACCGAAACGAUUUCCUCGGACAGCCGGGAACCGUCAACGCCUGGUAUCAGGUGAUUUCGAAUCUCUAGCCAUCGACGCUGCAACAUAAAGAUCCUUCAGCCUUUUUAUUGUAAUUUUUUUCAUCAUGUUCAAGUAGCUAUUUCUACGAAUAUAAGAACAUAUGAGAACAAUUUAAACCUAAUGUAAAGAAGAAGGAAGCUUGAAGUUCUUCUACAUGUUUCUUGUAAUUUUCGUAACCUUGAUCUGCAAUUUGGCUGGAACCUUCAGCCGGAACUCAACUCGAUCACGUUCCCUGCCGGUAUUCUCGUCCCACCGUACUUCCAUCCUCUCUGGCCGCCCAGCAUCAACUACGGUGGAAUGGGUCUUGUCGCAGGUCUCGUCACUGUAGACGACUCUGGAAUUACGUCAUCUUAGGUCACGAACUGACUCACGGAUUCGAUGACCAAGGUAUCCAGUGGGACAAAACUGGUAACCUCAACGUUUGGAUGGACAAGAAUUCGACCGACGGCUUCAAGAACAUGGCUCAGUGUGUUAUCAACGGUAGGUGGAGGAGAUUGACAAUCAGAUUUUGUAUCAAAACGAAGAGAAAUCUUAAAAACAGAGCAAAUUUGUUUUCCUCAAAAAAACUCAAAAUUUUCAUCUUUUUGAAACUUGUUUUUAUUAUAUUUUGACUCUAUACAUUACCUGUUUUCAUUUUCAAUUUAUGACGUCACCUCAAAAAAACGUACAACUUUCAAACUUUAUGCGAAUAAAUGAUUUUCAAGAAUACAACCAGUUCUGCCCGCUCAACGCCACUAAUUAUCAUCCGAACUGCGUGAAGGGAUCUCAGACACAAGGAGAAAACAUCGCUGAUAACGGAGGUAUCAGUGGAGUUAUCAUUCCGCUUUGAAAAAUGGAUUCUAGGAAUUCACUCGGCGUUCCGCGCUUACCGCACUCAUCUGGCUUUGGAUGGACCUGAUCCGCUGCUUCCCGACCGUUUGCUCGGACAAUUCACCCACGAUCAGCUCUUCUUCUUGAACUUUGCUCAGGUAAAUUCGGAGUUUUGGAAAAAAUCAUCUUGAUUGGUGGUGAUUUCCCUUGCACCUAUCAUUCAGAAUCGCACCUCAACUGGGCGAGAUUCCUUUCAAAUUGCAUCAUACGUUAACAAUAUUAGAGAAAAAAAAAAUACUGCAGGCAUCUUUGAAAAAAAGGAUUUUUCCGAAUUUUACAACUUUUAGACUUGCUGAUGUUAGCAAAGUUUUCCAUUUGUUGAUUAAUAAGGGUUGUGAAUCAUGCUUAUUUUUGGAAUCGUGACCAACUGCUGACUUUACACGAAAAAGCAGAAAAUUCUCUAAUUUAAUAACUUUCUGGCUAGAGUUUUUGUGUGGAAGUUAAUGAACAAUGUUUUCUAGUUUCCGUUAUUUUGGAUUCACGAUGAUUAUUUUUUCUCAAAUCAAAGUAUUUAUGUGGAGUCUCUCAAUAAAUUAAAGAAUCACAAAUCGUUUGAAGGUUUGGUGCGAAGUGCGACGAACCGACGAUGCUUUGUACAGUCAGAUCAUGAACGAUCCUCAUUCGCCAUCCAUGUACCGAGUUUAUGGAACCAUCCAGGUCCGUUCUUCACUCCUUAUAGAGAAAUUAGUUAAAGUUGGAAAAGAUCGCAAAGAAAUGGAAGGUUUUCAGAACUACCCCGCUUUCCAAACGGCUUUCAACUGUCCAACCGGCUCGCCCUAUGCGCCAACGAAACAUUGCGACGUCUGGGUACCCAACACUUACCAAUAAUCGACGAGUUCCCUCAGUUCAUGAGCUUCGAAAUUGUAUUUAUUAUCAUUUUUGUUAUUUUUGUUUUGAACAUUCGUGGUCAUUGUUGUUACCCUUGUGCCUGUCGGAAUAAAUUGUAUUCUUUUUUUUUUUGAAAAUACGAAUUUCUUUGUGGUGAAUAUCAAUCGAAAUCUCUUACGGUCAAAUCCUUCACUUUUUCAGGGUUUUUUUCACGCUUUUGGAACUUGCAAAGUUGAACUCUUGAAAAUUUUCUGCAAUCUUAAAUUUCCACGGACGUUCCUGAGAAUUUCUAGUUACCGAGUGACUAAAUUCGCUUUCCGAAUUUCAGCUAUCUAGGAAAAGUUGAAAAGGGUCCUAAAGGGAGUUUGAGAUUAAGUGGGUCUUAUAAGGAGUAUAUUAGGCAGAGCUGUUCUCAAGUCGGGGCGACCCUGGCCGAGGCCGCCCCGACCCGACCGCGACGCGCCCCUGAGCGCCCCGGCCCGCGAAGCGGUUUUCAUUCAGGCCCCCGAAGCGAGCGCGAGGAUUUUUUUCCGUAUUUUUUUGUUUUUUUAUUUCGGUUUUUUUCAUAUUGAAAAAUGAAUGUUUAAGUUAUUUAUGAUCCAUGAAAAAGUUUAGUUUUAUUGUUUUUUUGAUAGAAAUCGGGCUUUUUGAUUUCACUUUUUUUCGAAUCUUUUUCGUUUUUCUCGUUGUGAAUAAAAAAAUAAUAUUUCAAAUAGUGGUUUGAAUGAAUUUUUUGCGAAAAUGAAAUUCCUGAUGAUGUGAAAAUUUCGAAUUAUUUCUUAUUUAUCAUUUUGUUUUCUCUAGUUCUGUAAAUUGUUCUGGCCACUUAGAAAACUAUUGAAUUUUUGGAUUAAUAUCUCAUUUCAUCGGUUUUUCUUCUUUAUGUGCUCGAUAAAAAUGUUUUUUUGUUUCACUUUCAUUUCAGUAAAACUUGCGCUUCUUUCGCUUUCUUAUAAUUCGCAAAAAACCGAGAGUCAAAAAAAAAAUUUUCGACCGAAUUGACCCUAACCAAAGGUCGACCGCGGCCGCCCUCGAACACGCCGCAAAUCGGGGCGCCCUCGGUCGACCGGGGCCGCCCCGAGAACAGCUCUGAUAUUAGGAUCUCCUAGAGAGAAACUUAAAGGGCUCCGUAUAGAAAUCCCAAAUUCUGACUAGCGACUUUCGGCAAAGUUCCUAUUGUGGGUCUUUAAUUACCAUUUAAGGGGUCCUCUAGGGGCGCAGUAAGGGGUCUUUUAGUAUGCCUCUGUAGCUGGUUUUUUUUUCCCUAUUGGACUUACUUCAGCUUUUUCCAAACUGUCUACUUUGUUUGCCCUGAAUAUGCUAUUUUGCGGCUUUUUUCUUUUCAUUUUGAAGUUAAUGUAGAGUUUUCCAUUUUUAUCUCAUGGUUUACUUGAAAUUAUGUAAGGGAAACGAUUUUCGAAAAACUGAAAAAAGGCUUAGACUCCUGCGAAAUUCAUAAUUAACCUCCAUAACUUUAACUUCAUUCAUGAAUGACUUCAAAUAGAACCUUUGGAAUCGCAAACGAUUUUUAUACGAUUUUAUUCAUGACUGGACUCUCGUUUUCAACUUGAAAUUGCUUUCAUUUUUCUUUCUAAUAGAAAAAAACUGCAGCACAGUGGUCAUUUUCAGCAUUAACCGCUAACUCGCAGCUGCGAUGCAAAGUUAAUGGGGCGCGCGGCGGGUUUCGGUCGCGGAAAGAGUACCCGGCAACGACGGAGGGUGCAGUGGCGCCAGCCAAGAAGCAAACAGUCUGGCGCCGCGUCUUCCUUGGCGUCUUUCACGUGCUGUCUAUUCAAAAUAUGCUUUUCCUGAAGAUUCUCUUUCUGGUCACCGGUUUUUCCGUUCCGGUUGCUGCCAAUUCCGACUGGGACCAUUAUGAUGACGAAGAUUUGGCUUUGAGUAUUCCUGCUGACGCGGUUGGCGUGCCCGCUCAAUACAGGUUUUUUUUUUUUGGGUUUUUCGUUUUUAUCAAGGUAAAAAACUGAUAAGGUCUUGCGAAAAAUCGUUUAACUAAGAAAAUUUUCAUGUUAAUUUUCUUAAUUUUGAAUUUUUCAACUUUAAAAAACCAUUAUCAGUUUCUCUUACUUUAUUCAAACGCGUGACCCACUUUUCAAUGAAAAGGUUCCCCUUUUAUGUUACUCAAAUUUCCCAGUGUUUUUUAGAAACAUCGUUUUGAAACAACAAAAAGAGAGAAACAAGAAGAAAGAUGUGCUGGAAAACCGGUGUCAUUGCACCUACGGAGACGGAAUUUGCGACGGAAAUUUUACUUGCAUCAAGCAAGACAACGCCGCCUGUUAUCAUGCUGUCGAAGAGGUUUUCUUUGUUUAUUUACAUUGCUAGUAAAUUCAAGUGCAUUAUUAUGACGUACAUUCAUAGUUCUAAAAGAGUUUCAUAAUGAAAAAAAGUUCUUUUUUUUUUUUGAAGUUUGAUUUUACCGAUUGAAAAAAAUAGUGAUGAAUUAUGAAAUACAGCGUCAAAUUCGAAUCUUUAAAAAAAAGUUCAUGUUUCUUUGGCUCAGAAAAUAACUGACCUAUUAAGCCGAUGAAAUUUUUGAAGUUUAUCUGACCUCGGUAACGCAAACCGGACGCGUACCUGACAUUUCUGAGCAUUUCUAGUGAUCUCUUUAGCAAAUUCUACAUUCUCAAAUGAUUGUUGAAAUGCUCAGAAACGUGCAUGUUUCUGAUGCCCGUGCUGAUGGAAGAUUUAGAAAACUUUUGGAUCUCACUGAUUUACAUCCGCAAAAAAGUUUUUCCAGGUUUUUAACAAAGGCCUGCGCAGAAUGGAAACCUGGCACAAAUUUGGGUGCGCGACGUUGGAAAGGGGCAGUUCUGCCUCGCAUCUUACGGUUGAGACCUUUCAGAAACAGUUGAAUAAUUUAGUGUUCCAGUGCAAUUCCUGGAGAACGGCCCAUCGGCACGCAAAAAGCAUCGCUUGCUGUUACGAAGGAAACUACUGUAAUAAGGAUCUUGAGCCGCCGCCGUAUGCUGGCAUUUAUGAACACGGUACCAUCCCGUUAAAAAUAUGGAAAAUUAAAUAAAUUUUCAGACCUACCAGGAAGCGAGUUUGAGUUUGAAAUGAAGAACCGCCACGGUCUGAUGAUCUUUUUCGUUGUUCUUGGAAGUUUUGUUGCGAUUUCCCUAAUCGUCUUCAGUCUUCUCCUGUUCCUCCAGCGUUGGUUUUGAUAAUUAGUCCGAAGCUGGUUUAAUUUUAAGGUCUACGAAAAUCGGAGGUCCACGACUUCAAAGACGAAGAAAAGUCAGCGAUGUUGGAGCCGGAAGAUUCUGGAAGCGGAAGUGGCUCUGGAAAAGCGACGUUGAUCCAGAGAACCGUAGCUCAAGACUUGGCCAUCAUCAAAGUGAUCGGCCGGGGAAGGUAUCGGAUAAUGAUGGGACUUUUGUCGUCCAAAUCCUCUAUCUCUUCAGAUACGGCGAAGUCAGAAAAGCGACUUACCGCGGAAGUUAUGUCGCCGUCAAGACCUUCUACACUACUGAAGAAGACUCUUGGAAAAACGAGAGGGACGUCUAUCAGACCCACAUGCUCAAUCACGAGAACAUCUUGCGUGAGUUCGAUAUUCUUCUUGUGUAAAGGGAAAAUGAAGUAUUCUCUUGUUACUGCAUUUCUUCAGUUUUGAAAAAUUCCUCUUGAUGCCAAAAAUGUCACCGAUCUGACAAUGAAGUUAUUUGUUUGAAAAGACUAUCAAGAGAGGAUUUUCAGUCGAUCUGGUUUGUUUCAGAAUUUGUGGCCGCCGACAUUUGCAGCGAAGAUUCGAUCACACAAAUGCUUCUCGUGACUGAUUAUCACGAGCUUGGAUCAUUGUCCGACUACCUACGUCGUGAAGAAACUUUGUCGACAGACGAGGCUCUUCGUUUGAUUUACAGGUUUCUCUUUUUGUCGUGUUCUUUCGAUUUCAAAAAAACAUUUUCAGUUCAAUGUGCGGUAUCGAACAUCUGCACACAGCGGUGCAUGGCACGGGAAGCAGGAGAAAACCGGAAAUCGCUCAUCGGUUGGAUUCGUUGCUUCUAUAGGGCUCAGCUAGGAGUUGUUUUCUUCAGAGACAUCAAGUCGAAGAACAUUAUUGUCAAACGAGCUGGAGUUUGCUGCAUCGCGGAUUUCGGCCUGGCUGUCAGAUUGUAAGUUUUAAAAUAAACUUAUAAAGAAGUUUUUGAUUUUUGUCAAAAUUACGCAAAAGGCUGGGUUAAAAAAUAAAGUUUUAAUUUUCGAAAGAUCAAAAAGAGCCAAGUUUGAAGCGUUUAAUAAUUAUUUUCUAAUUUAAUCCGUUGUUACAAUUUUUUUGAUGCUUUUCGAAGUGAUUUCCGGUACGAUAGUUUAACACGCGUUCUCUGAGAAAGUCGAUGAAUCUGAAGCAAAAUAAAAAAAAAGUUUUUUUGAUUUGCCUCAAAAUGUGAUCACGGCUCACACACGUGCUUCUGAUUAUUUAGCACCAGGUUCCAAGUGGCUCCGCCCCUUUUAAAAGAUACUGUAGUCAGUAAGCUGAAAAAAAUUAAUUUUUUUCCUGUUGAGAAUUUUUCAUUCAAAAAAAUGUUUGGAAAUGUAAGAAAAACACUAUUUUGAGUAUUUUUUUCAGUUGCAACUUUUUUUCUAACUCGACUUCUUCGAGGAGAAAAAAAUCAAAAAUUUCCUCAAAAAAACAGCGAUUUUUUUUCAGUUUUUUUGAGCCAUAACUUGAGUAAGAACCCCCCUAUGGUACGACUUUUAUUUCUGAUUAUGAAACUAGGGGUCUUCUUCUUCAAGAAAAAGUGGUUCUACAACAAAUCCCUGGGGUGGGAUAGUUGACCUCCAUUCGACCGAAGGUGAUCAACUCGAAUCGGCUCAAAAUUCAAAAAAUCAUUUUUCUCCUAAUUUGACGGCUUUUUCCUCUCUUUUGUUUUGAAACGAAAGACAACACUCACGUUCAUGUUCUCCACCAUUUUGGUGCUCAAAGAAAAUUUUAUUUCCGAAUUUCUCGAGGCUUUUCGAAUUUUAGGACUAUCGUCGAUUUUCGAUUUUUUCCGUUUUCAGGUAGUUUUUUCUGUAGGAACCCCCGAAUGUGGUCAUUAUCUUUUGGUAUAUGGAAGAGUAGGUCUUUCUGGAUAAGAAAAAAUUAGUCCGGUAAAUAUCUCUGGGGUGGCCCAGUUGACCUCCGACCGCCUGAAGGUGACGACCCCAUAAAUGGAAUUUUCACAAAGGCUCGGAAAACAACUUUUUUUGUUUCCAUUCUAACAAAAAACUUUUUCAGUGAGACCUACAUCACUUUUCGACAUGAAUCGGAGUCUUUUUCGGCAAGAAAUAAGUAGUUUUAUUCAAAUUUGAGGCUUGGCACGCUUAUCUUCGUUUUCACCGUUCUUAUCUGCUCUAAAUUGCUGAAAAUACCUGGAAACCCGUUCAAAAAGAUUUUAGGGAAACCCAGCAAAUCUUUGAAUUUUUUUGAACACCUAAGCAAGGGAUAGUGAAGAAAUGGCGAAAAAAGGUUUUUUAUCAACUUUUUCGAGAAAUAAAAACACCUUAUGCCAUUCAAAAAGGUCGAUGAUUCUCAAAAAUUAUUUUUUCGCCGAAAUACAGGAACUGGCAAUUUUUGAAACUUUGAAUCGACUCUAUCCAUACAGUUCUCCCUUAAAAAUGAGGGUUUUGAAGCAUUUCGAAGUUCUUGUAAUACAAUUCUGGCUUUUUUUGUGUUGCAACGUUUAUACAGACACUUGUUCAUGUUUUUCAUUUAUUUACAGAACAACUCAAGUGAAAAAAGCUUUUUGAAAAAUACAUUUUUUGAACUAAGAAGCGUUUUAAUGCAUCUUCCGAAUUAAAGUCAGGUUUAUUAAGUCUCUCUUUUUUCUUUCUAAUAAGUUUCAUCAAUAGUUGUUUUUUAAAAAACAAUUGACAUUAUUGAAUGGCAUAAGGUGUUUUUAUUUCUCGAAAAAGUUGAUGAAAAACCUUUUUUCGCCAUUUCUUCACUCCGAUAUCCCUUGCUUAGGUGUUCAAAAAAAUUCAAAGAUUUGCUGGGUUUCCCUAAAAAUCUUUUCUGAACAGGGUUUCCAGGUUACUUUUCAGCAAUUUAGAGCAGAUAAGAACGGUGAAAAACGAAGAUAAGCGUGCCAAGCCUCAAAUUUGAAUAAAACUACUUAUUUCUUGCCGAAAAAAAGACUCCGAUUCAUGUCGAAAAAGUGAUGUAGGUCUCACUGAAAAAGUUUUUUUUGUUAGAAUGGAAACAAAAAAAGUUGUUUUUCCGAGCCUUUGUGAAAAAUUCCAUUUUAUGGGGUCGUCACCUUCAGGCGGUCGGAGGUCAACUGGGCCACCCCAGAGAUAUUUACCGGACUAAUUUUUUCUUAUCCAGAAAGACCUACUCUUCCAUAUACCAAAAAGAUAAUGACCACAUUCGGGGGUUCCUACAGAAAAAACUACCUGAAAACGGAAAAAAAUCGAAAAUCGACGAUAGUCCUAAAAUUCGAAAAGCCUCGAGAAAUUCGGAAUAAAAUUUUCUUUGAGCACCAAAAUGGUGGAGAACAUGAACGUGAGUGUUGUCUUUUGUUUCGAAACAAAAGAGAGGAAAAAGCCGUCAAAUUAGGAGAAAAAUGAUUUUUUGAAUUUUGAGCCGAUUCAAGUUGAUCACCUUCGGUCGAAUGGAGGUCAACUAUCCCACCCCAGGGAUUUUUUGUAGAACCACUUUUUCUUGAAGAAGAAGGCCCCUAGUUUCAUAAUCAGAAAUAAAAGUCGUACCAUAGGGGGGUUUUUACUCAAGUUAUGGCUCAAAAACUGAAAAAAUCGCUGUUUUUGAGGAAAUUUUGAUUUUUUUCUCCCCGAAGAAGUCGAGUUAGAAAAAAAGUUGCAACUGAAAAAAUACUCAAAAUAGUGUUUUCUUACAUUUCCAAACAUUUUUGAAUGAAAAUUCUCAACAGGAAAAAAAUUAAUUUUUUUCAGCUUACUGACUACAGUAUCUUUUAAAAGGGGCGGAGCCACUUGGAACCUGGUGCUAAAUAAUCAGAAGCACGUGUGUGAGCCGUGAUCACAUUUUGAGGCAAAUCAAAAAAAAAUUUUAUUUUGUUUUGCUUUUUAUUACUGAAAAGUCAUCGAUUUUCUCAGAGAACGUGUGUUAAGUGCUCACUGUGGGAUUCUUAGAUCCUCUCAAAAGCAUUUUAAAUUGUGAUUUUUUUUUCGUUUUCGAAACGCCAAUGAGAAACGUCAUUCAUUAUUCUCAAUUUCAUAUUAUGUCCGUUUCAUUCUAGCUUGGAUCCCUUUUUAAUCCUUAACCGAAUUAAUUAUUCAUUUUUUAAACCUUUUAUUAUUUUUGAAACUUUAUAAUUAUUUAAUCAAACUUUUGAAACACAUAUUUGUUUAAGUGAAAACGAAGGUCUGCUGCCGGAGAAGGUGAACGUCCAGGUGGGAACAAAAAGGUACAUGGCGCCAGAAGUCCUGUCGAGGACCUUGAAUCCCAACGACUUUUCCCAGUUCAAAAUGGCCGACAUUUACUCAUUUGCUCUGGUCAUGUGGGAAAUCGCGAGAAGAGUUGAGGUGAGUACCGAGAAACCGCGCCGCGACCGCAACACUUGCUUCAGGACAACACCUCGGCGCAGAAGGCCGAGGAGUUUUCCGCGGGCGACGCCCACGAGUGCUGCGAGUCGAGCGGACUGGGCGAGUCUCUGUCCAGCGACAGUAAUCCGCCGCGGCUCCAUCGCCAGAAGCCUUCGGUCGAUAUUGUCAGUUCCUACUUCUUUGGAUUUACGACUAUUGAUUGAAAUCAAAGCGAUGCUUUUUUACCUCUGUGAAAAAUAUUGCUGCAGGUACUAGAGCUUAUAAAAAAACGACAAAACUCAGUUUAACUUCGAAUAGCUGAAAGUCUAUUCGAGACUUCUGUAAUUAGUUUUUUUUUAGUCUCUCAAAGCCAAACCGUACGUGCCGCCGUUCGAAGGGAUGGUCGAAAAUGACCCAUCUUUCGAUGAAAUGCGCUACGUCGUUUGCGAACUCCAGAAAAGGCCACCCCUCGAAGACGCUUGGGUCAAAGGAAAUAAUGUGAGUAUUUCUAAGGAAAAUUUAGCCUACAGAGCGUUUUACAGCGAGUAGUGUCUGUAUCGAAAGUGUAGAUUCUUUUUUUUUGGAGCGAUAUUCGAAAUUGACGUAGUAACGACAGAAAAUACGAAGAAAAUGAUUUAUCUUUUUGCAUGAAGCGUUUUUGUAGCCACGAGCAAGUUUUUGUUUUUCAAAUUUCCACAAAGCUGUUCAUUUUUUUUCGACUUGCAGAGUGCUCUUUGUCAUCUUACCAAACUGAUGCGAGAUUGUUGGGAAAAGUCGCCUCAAAGCCGUCAUACUGCUCUGAAAAUCAAGAAAGACGUCCUUAAACUUAUUGAAGAGGAAGAUAAGAAGGUAAUCCAACCAAUUAUUGCGAAAAUAAUGAUUCCCAAUUUCUAGAACUCCCAAAAACUCAGUCUUCCCUUUGCCAACAGCGUGACUCGGCCAGACGCCGACAGUGGUUUCAAAGAAACCGCCUCUUAA